GACGCGCUCUUGACGCGGGUUUGAUGCGCUGUUUGCCGACGUUCUCAUUUACUUCAGGUUCGGACUCCCGCUGGAGUAACAAGAGUAAAUCAGCUGCUUCUUCUCGUCCCAAGUCGCAGAAAAACAGCGUGAAAUUGAUCGGAGACACUUGUUCAAACAGCGAUCGGGUGUGUUUAAACCCAAGCUGGACAUCGCAGAGAAGCCGUUUUGGUUGAUUUCGCCGAACCGACUUUUCAGGGACAGUGUGUGUGUUGUCGUCAUACAGUCACAGGUUGCUAGCGGAGUUAACCUAGCCAGCCAAGUUAGCUAGCUGCGGUUGGCUCUGCCUUCCCUUUCCUUGGACUGAAAGCAGCUGGGGCGAAACUUGAAAAAACGGUCAGACAUUUUCAAAACAGCCUGCCCUGUGAUUCAGUCAUGAUGUGGCGUUAUUUCGGACGUGUAUCAAGUUGGCCGGCUGGGAGCAUCGGUUGACUGAAGGCUGGACUUCGUGGCAUCGGUUGACUGACCUGGACUUUACCCGUGUGUGUGUGCGUUCGUUCUCUUCCCCACUUUGGCUGGUUUUGGCUGUUUUUUUUUCCUUUCCCUUUUUUUUUUAAAGCAGACUUUGACCCCCGGGUGUUUUAACUCACCCCUUCUAUUAAGGAAAAAGCCUCUAUUGAUUCUCCUGUUUGAGUUUUUCAAAACUUGGCUGCAAGUCUGUUUUUCUGGACGUAAAAAAGUUUUUGGGAAGUUGGGAGUUUUUUUCCCGAGCCUGUGGAAAAAUGGAUGCGGGUAUAGAGAAGGAAUGUAGCGCCUUGGGAGGACUCUUCCAGCUCAUCAUGAACGACAUGAAGGCCAGUUAUCCUACAUGGGAGGACUUUGUAACCAAAGGAGCAAAGCUACAAUCACAGCUCAGGACAACAAUUGUGGUGACUGGAGCUUUCCUGGAUGCUUUUCAGAAGGUCGCAGACAUAGCAACUGGAACCAGAGGUGCCACCAAGGAGAUCGGCUCAGCGCUAACCAGGAUGUGUAUGAGACACCGCAGCAUCGAGUCCAAACUCAAACUGUUCACAACGGCUCUCUCAGAAAGUCUCAUUACUCCACUGGAGUUGAAAAUGGAGGAGUGGAAAAAAGUGGCCAGUCAGCUGGACAAAGACCAUGCCAAAGAAUACAAGAGGGCUAGAGCAGACAUCAAGAAGAAAUCAUCAGACACCAUCAAACUGCAGAAGAAGGUGAAGAAAGGGAAGGAUGCAGCUCGGGGCCAGCUAGACUGUGCAAUGCAGGACGUCAAUGUGCGAUACACUGUCCUGGAAGAGACUGAGAAACGAGCCGUGUGCAGAGCGCUGAUAGAGGAAAGAGCUCGUUUCUGCAGUUUUGUCAGCAUGCUGAAGCCUGUGCUGGACCACGAGAUCAACAUGCUCGGUGAAGUGACCCACCUACAGACAAUUCUGGAAGAUCUGACCAACCUGACAGCUGAACCUAAUAAACUCCCAUCAGCCAGCGAGCAGGUGAUUUUGGAUCUGAAAGGUUCUGAUUUCACCUACACUUAUCAGACACCUCCAGCUUCUCCAAGUACCACAUUGUCUAGGAAGAGCAGCAUCAACAGCAACUACCAGUAUGGAUCAGUGAGACACGUUCCCUCCCUGGACUCCAUUACCUGCGCUGUGGAUGAAGUACACAUCCAGCACUACUCUUCCCUCUAUUUGCUGAAUGGCUGUGAUGAAAGUGGGCGGUCCCUCAGCGAAGGGAACUCCCCUUCUCGCCUCAGUCGUCAGGGCCACCAUGGUCACCACUGUUACGCAACUGCCCAGAGCCAUCACCCUGCACAGAGCCACCAUGUUAGCCGCAGGGAUUUUAUCUCCGAUGCAGUUGGAUCCACCAAUCAGCUGGCAUCUGGGGGGAGUGGAACAGCAGAGAACGGCCUGUUGGCCCCUCCACACAAAGCCUACACACACCAUGGAGAGAGAGCUCGAGCCAUGUCAGCAUCUGGGAAGUCUUGUUUGGCCCGGGAUCACCUGGCGUUGACGUUGGGUGUGUUGAAUUCAGAUGCCCCGAGAAGCAGCAGAGACUCUCUGCACUGUUCGAGUGGCUACAGCACCCAGACCACCACCCCAUCCUGCUCUGAGGACACCAUCCACACCCACGCUGUAAAGAGAGAUCCUCCCCUCUGUGUCACCUAUGAGUCCAUCUCUCUCCAUGGUGAUGUUGACUCCAUCUCCUUGCAUCACCUCUCCCACGGCAACAGCCAGUCAGACCUUGACAAGUCUUCAACCAUCCCAAGGAACUCCAACCUCAGAUUCCAGUACAAGGAAUUUGCUCAGUAUAAACGUCCCGCCUCCACCGUCAGUCUAUUGGCCGAGGCCGAGUUGAGCAGCGGGUCCAUUCGCCAGCUGCCAUCCCACACGGCAACCAUCAGGCGCAAACCGUCAUCUAAGCCGGCUUAUCGCAGAGGCACAAUCAGUGGGGGGGUUCCUAUCCCCAUCUGCACCCCGCAAGUUCCCCUCAAAACCCUCACAGGAAAUGGCGCCAGUGAUGAGAACGUUUUCGCUGCACCCUUGGCUGGAGGAGGAUUUGGUCACAGUAAACUCUGCACCUCCACCCAGAGCCUCAGUGCAUUACCUUCCUCCUCUUCUUCCCCGUACUACCAGCUGGUCCCAGGUCAGAUGCCCAUUCCGGUGCCUGUACCUACUGUACCCUCCCUGCAGCCAGAGGUUAGCAACAUUAAACAGCAACAGAGACAGUACCAGCUACAGCAGCAGCAACAAAUCGCCCAACAACUAAACCAUCAGCAGCGACGCACUCAGCUACACCAACACAAUCAGCAGCUUCAGAUUCAGCAGCAGCAAUGGCAUCAGCAGCAACUACAACAGCAGCUUCAACAGCAGCAACAACAACUACUGCUUCAGCAGCCCCAACAGCCACAACAUCACCAAGAUCAGUAUGAGCAGCAAAACCAGCAUCAGCAACAUCUGAACCAGCAGCAGAAACAAAAGCUGUUCCACCAGCAGCACCAGGGCCAGCUUGACACCACUGCUGCUGCCCAGGGAGAUGCCUCCAGUCUGGACCACAGCACUAACUACCAGCCCCAGGCUCCUCCACCCUCCAGCCUGGACCACAAACCCGAGCAGCUGACCCAAGAGGGAGGAGGUGGUGGAGGAGAUAUGCUGACCCUCAUUAGAGGGGUAAAGCUCAAAAAGACCCUGACCAAUGACCGAUCCGCCCCCUUCCUACCCCCUCCACCCAAUCACAAAUGAGACUACAAAGACAGACUGUUUUGCUUGUUUUGUUUCGCUUUAGAGGCACCAGAAUGUGUCAGCUCAAACCGCACAGGGUAAAAUCAAACAUGUUUUCAGGGUGUGGACCUUACAAACAUACUGUUUGAUUUCUGGAACUCGGCAUAUGUCUUCUUUUAUUUUAGGCCAAUUAGAUUUCUGUUUGUGAAACUUUGUUGUCCUCUCCUGUUGUUGCAACAACCGUCUUUUGCCUUUUUUUUUGGUUCAUGUUUGCAUUUUGAUUGUGGAUAUGGUUUUCGUAUGACUCAGUCUUACUGAUAGAACUGCUGAUCGUUUUUAGUUAGCUCCCAUUUUCUCGUCAGAAUGAUGUUAAUUAGCCAGACUAGGAGGCUGUUAGUGUUUCAGAUCCUCUUGACUCCUGGGCGUGUUUGAUUUGCUUCUUUGUUUUUUGGUGUUUUUUUUGUUUGUUUUUUUUUUUGCCUAAACUCCCAGGAAGGUGGGCUUUAUUAAAUAGUCUAGUUGCUCCACGUUGUUCCACGGUUGAACCAUGGAGUGUGGAGUUUGUAAUCUGCUGGCUGUGGGUCAGUGUUAAAUUUGUGGCUGGUUGGGUCCUGAUCAUCUCAAAGAGUCGAACCAGACACUCUAGACUCUGGAAUAUAACAUCGUAAGAGUCUAUAGAUGGCAGAUAUAUUGGAAGAAAAAGAGCUUUGAGGGGGAUAGAUGUUUUCCUUAAUGGCAUAUUGUCACCGUCAUAAUUUUGAUUCCUUUACUUUCAACUGGCAAAGAUUAAAACUGUUACUGUGGGCAAAAGUCUGGCUUACCAUUUAAACAAUUAGCUGUUAAAAGUUACGACUUGUUGGCAACUUUCAGAGGCAAUACUGAUUUUUACACAAGCAGAAAUAUGGAUUACAUUAUCUCUAAAAACACAGCUGGCUAUGAUGAGCUGAACUGUUGCACAGAAGUUGUUGACAUGUGGAGGCAGUUUUAGCAUUUACAAGGGGACACAUCUCCAUGUUUGAAGGCAUACUGAACCAAACAAAACUUUUAACAGUAAAUUAUUUAAUAACUAGAACCGGACCCACUAAAGAUAUUUGGUGCCAACAGACAUCUGCUUAUAACACUUGGACACAAUUUCUUAUUAAAAAUAACUGAUCAAGAUGUUUACUGACUUGACAAACUACAUAACAGAGACACUUCUUUUAGUUACCAAAUAUGCAUUUUUGGCUCUUUUGUUACUUAAUGGUCAACAUGUGUAUGCAAAAUACACAGUAGUAAUUAGUAGUAAUAUACCAAUUACAUCAACUUGGUUUUGCUCAUAUUUCAAUGUGUAAAUAUUUCCAUUUGUCAGUUUAUGGCUCAUUUUUCACUCCAGUAUAAAGUCCUGCACCUCUAUGGAAACAGCACAACCAUGAUGACUAGAAGUACAGAGAACACAGAAAUGUAUUUUGCGAAAUGUAACAAAGUUACAAUGAAAAAAUUAUUUAAAAAAAGAAAUGAAAAACAAAGUUAAGUCAUUCAUUAAUUUUUUUUAAAAUGGAAAAUACUGAAAUAAAAAUGUACAGUUUUACAAAUUCUUUUUAUGUUUUCAUAUAUACAAUGUUUACUUUUCUUGGUUAUGAUUUCAUUUCAUACAAACUAAAUUAAAAUUUGGACUUUUGUUAAAAAUGAAUAUUGGAUGUAUUUUAGCUCUCAAACAAAAUCACAAAGUCACAGAACAGUCAUGACAAUUAUUUACAACUGCCUUUAUGAGCACAGGAACAUGAAAUAGGACAUUUGAUUCAGUCAUUUCCAUUUUCAAACCAUAAGCCAGUUGCUUUCUCAUUCAUUGUUUUAGUAUAUAAAAACACAAUCAUAAAAGUUUUCAGCAAAUGUUUUUAAAGUCACACAACAUUCAGUUUACUCCUACCAUAAAUGAAAAGCUGUAACUAGUGAAUAUUUAUCCCUUUUACUUGAAAAUAAAAUCUAUUCUAAUUGUAGGCAUCUGCUUUGCUGUAGCUUCUGUUUUUUGCUACAGGACUGAUGAUAUUACUGUCAUUGGAUUGGAUAAGAUGCUGCUUACAGCUAGUUGUAGUCCACAACUGUGAGGACAUAACUUUAAAUGUAUUUUUUAAUUUUGUUGGGCUUAAAUUUCUGGUUCUAUUUUGGAGCCUGUUUCACGCUGAUAACAUAUUUUACUCAGUUAAUUUGCCACUGUCAUACUCAUAAAUGUUCUGAUACUUGAUACUAGAUUUCCUUUCUAAUAUCUGUUUCCAGGCAUGUAAUCUUCUGAACACAAAGCAGUUUCUGUGUGCAUUUGCUCCUGUUACAUUUGCAUUACUCAUUGUAAUAUAAAGCCCUGAACCUCAAUGGAAAGAGCACAACAAUCACUAGAAGUACAAAGAAUUCAGUAAUGGCUUUGUAACAAAAGAUAAAAUGCCCCCCAAAAAACAAAAAACAAAACUAUACAUACUACAGCAGCAAGUGUCAGUUAUUAAAUGUUGAAUUAGCAUAUUUCCUCACUGCAGCCACUGUUUCAAUGAGUCACUCAUGAGCUGUGGGCAAAAUCAUCAAACAAAUGAAUCCCAAUGAGAUUAAAUGAAUAACACAUUAAUCUGCACCUCUGCUGUUGCCUGUUUUCAGCUGCUACACAGAUGUGCUGCCUCUAAAAGUUGCCAAUUAAUUCACAUAGUGAGCUAUCAGAGCAUGCUGGGGAAAAGGGUCAUGUUCGUGCCAGUUAACACUUUUAGGUAAUAUCAGGGUUAAAAUGGCAAGGAUGAGUUUAUACAAGCUGCAGCUAAAUAGUUUUAUUAAAAUUAUUAUUCAGUGUGACUGUUAUUGAAUCCAUUAAACAUUUCAUCAAUAAUAUAUAUAUAUAUAUAUAUAUAUAUAUAUAUAAAUACUUAAAGAUUGUCUUCUUAUGUCUUGUUUGUUCUCAUCAGCAGUCAAAAACAGAGUUAAAGAUUAGAGAAGAUGAAAAACAUCAGUAAAUACUGGUUACAAAGCCCAAACCAGCAUAUUUUUUGCUUUAAAACUACCUUCAUUUAUUAAUAUUAUUUACAUUUUGCAGUCUAAUCUAGUUAUUUCAGAUGGUUUCUGAUAUAUUUCCUUACCAAAUGUCUAAAAAUGAGACCUUUUAGAUGGAAAACCAAAAUUUAUUUAGCAUUUUCUAGUAAAUUACGCACCUGAAGCAGCAAAAGAGGCUAUGAUAUAGGAAAAUAAAUUUUACAGAAAGAAUAAUUCAAUAAGAUUCAUGAAUAUAUUUUUGAAAUACUCAAAGUUUCAAUGCACUUCUGUGUUGUUUUGAGCUCACUACAUCAAUAUUGCUCAAGUUUCUGGCUACGGCCCUGUUGAGAAGCUGCCCAUCAGAGAACAGCUGCAUGCUGGGAAAUGCAGUCCAGUCUUGAGUUAGCUGCUCCUGAUCUGUUCUCAGAGAAACAUUUGUGUAUUUUGGAAUGUUUCUUCAGCUGAUUUAAGUGCUUUUGUUUUCCAGAAAAGCUGCACUGUGAUUCAUCUAAGAAUGUUUGAGUGAUUGUCAGAUUGGAGCCACAGCAGUUGUUUAUGUAUAUAUCGGUGUUUCUGUUCCUGGGAGAAAUCACAAUCUACAUAUACAGAUGUAUGUAUACAUAUCCUGAUUGUAUUUUUGUUUUGAUCCAGCGAUGUGAUCCAAUCUAAUGCUGUUGUCGGUCAUCAUAUUUUUAUAGACAAGCACACACACAGCAGUGAAUUUCCUGAUGUUUGAGGAUCUAAAAUCUGAUUGAAUGUCUGAUUAUCAGAUCGAGCAAAGACUAACCAGACAAUAUGAACCAGCAGAAUGUAGAAAUGUUUUGUUCUUCUUCAUUUUGUGUUCACUGUGAAAUCAAUGAUAUUAAAUUUGAUGAUGACAAAAAUGGUU